ACACGCGACCAAUGCCAAUGCGUGAGUGUGGUUUUGGGGGGACACGGACACUGAGAGUGGUCGGGUGAUCUCAAGCUGGCGUGAAGAUGGGGAAGGUGCACAUCCGACAGAAGGGUCGCAAUAAGGCCUACCGAUGGGCCAAGGGCCACAGCUCGGACUCCAAUCCACCGCUCAAAAAGUUCAGACAGAAUGCUCAAGCUGGCUUCUUUCAGCCUUUGGGUGAGCCAAAGAAAGGCGGUCUGACGACGGACGCGCUCUCCAAGCAUGACGCCGUGCUCGGUGUCUCCGAGCUGAGGAACAUUGAGGACGUGGUUGAGGAGGAUCAGGAGGACGCGCUCUCGGAGGGCGCGCUCACACUCGGCUCGCUCGGACAGGCCUCGUUCCGCACGUUCGCCACCGACUUCACACAGUGCACCGUGCCGUCGUUCAGCAAACUGCUCACGACUGUUCGGAAAGACUCGCCCAUUUACAACGAGAUGCUGGCGAUCCUGGCCGCCGUCACCGAGGUGGUCAAGGAGAAAGAAGGUCAAGAAACCGUCACCGAGUAUUUCGGUGCCCUGAUGUCGGUGCUCGAGUCCACUGAGGAGGAAGGGGUGCAGCUGCAGGCCGUCUGUCAGCUCCUCUCGCUCGGUAUCAGGCAUACCCCUCGGCCCGUGCUCAUCUCAAAGUUCUCGCUCUGCUCCAAGCUGCUGAUGGCGCGCCUCGAGGCCGUGAUGGCCACAGGCACCGUGCUGCUCAUCAAGUCGCUGCUGGAGUGUCUGGCGGUGCUGCUGCGCGCCCAGCCGGCCGCCACAUGGGCGGAGCCGUCCACGCUGCAGAUGUACUCGGGCGUGCUCAGUUUCGUCAUCCACACGCGGCCGAAGGUGCGCCGCGCCGGCCAGCGGGCCGUCAUCUCGACACUGCUCGGCUCGGCGUGUAUGCGCCAGGACGAGGAGAGCCCGGCGCACCACCCGGCCGCGGCGACCACGGCCCAGUUCUGCCGGCAGCAGAUGGAGCAGUGCGGCGGCGCCGGCCGCGCUGUCACCACGCUGCACGUCCUCACACUGCUGCGCGCCGUGCUGCACACCUUCCCCCGACAGCAGCUCAAGGCCGUCAUCGAGACCAUGCUGAAGCUGAUGACGCUGGCCUCGCCGCUGGUGAAGCGCUCGUGUCUGCAGGCGCUGCAAGCCAUGCUGGUGAACAGUCCCGACCGGCAGACGCUGCCGCCGGCCAUGAACGCCCAGCUGGUGUCGGCGCUGUACGACUACCAGCCGCCGGUGGGCGACGCGGCGCCGCUCGUCUCCUGGCUGUCCGCCAUGCACGCGGCACACACCUGUCUGUACGGGCGCGACCAGCAGCUGGGAGCGGCGCACCUGCCGCGGUUCUUCGCCGCCGCCGCCGCCUGCUGGGCCUCCAGUAAGCCGGAGGUGCGCACGGCCGUCACCGAGGCGCUCUCGGGCCUGAUCGACGCCGUGGUGGCCGAGCUGGACGCGGAUGGCGAGCCGGCAGCGCGCACCUGCUUCCAGUCGCUCAUGGACGGACUGCAGUUCCAGUAUGUGGACGCCUGGCCGCUGGUGCUGCGAACGCUGAGCAAGUUUUUCACGUCGUACGGCGCGCGCUGCCGGCCGUUCGUGGGUCCGUCGCUGGUGACGCUGGCCGAGCUGCGCGACACGGAGCAGUUCACCUACACAGCAGAGCUGGAGGCGGCCAUCGGCGCGGCCGUCUCAGCCGUCGGGCCGCGCACACUGCUGGAGCACGUGCCGCUCCGCAUCGCCGGCGACGAGAGCGACGACCCGGAGUUCUCGCGCAGCUGGCUGCUGCCGGUGCUGCGCGCCGCCGUGCGCGACACAGAGCUGGCCUUUUUCGCCGAGUACUUCCUGCCGCUGGCGCGGGCGCUGAAAACGCACGCCCAGCAGCUGGAGCAGGCCGACGACCGACGCAUGUGCCGCAUCUACAACACGCUAGAGCUGCAGGUGUGGGACUUGCUGCCCGGCUUCUGCACGGGAGCCCUGGACGUGCCCGACAGUCUGAAGCGGGUGGCACGCGCCCUGGGCUCUCUGCUCACCGAGCGCGAGGACCUGCGGCUGGUGGUGCUCUCCGCGCUCCGGCUGCUCGCCACCAAGUCCAGCGACGACGAGGCCUCGCGCGCCGAGGUGGCCAGAUUCGCCAAGAACUACCUGCCGAUCCUUUUUAACCUGUACAUGACGCUGCCGAGCUCAGGUCCGGGUCAGGGCCACCGGGCCGCCGUACUGGAGACGGUCACCGCCUACCUGACCGUGGCCGACCACGAUCUCAUCAAGGCACUUGUCGACAAGGCGCUGGAGAAGGUGGGCGCCGGCGAGCCGUCUGACGAGGACCGCGCCCACAUGCUGGACCUGCUGCGCACCAUGCUGCCGCACAUGGAGGCCGACGUGAUCGCGCGCGUCUGGGGCUACGCCGGCCCGUUCGUGGAGGGCGAGCAGCGGCUCAGCCAGAAGACCGCCUACCGACUGCUGGAGGACGUGUGUCAGAGCCAGCAUCAGGGCUGCAUCACAUUCGUCCAGGAGAACCACAUGGACCUGAUGAGCGCGCUGAAGCGCUCCAUGGCGUCGGCCAGCGCGUCGGCCAAGACCACCAGGCUGUCGUGCCUGGCCGGCCUGCUGGAGCACCUAGACGGCAGCAGCGAGCACUUUGUGGCCGGCGUGCUGCCCGAGGCGGUGCUCUGCUGCAAGGAGCACAACGAGAAGUCGCGCGCGGCCGCGUUCCGUCUGAUCGUCCGUAUCGGCGAGACACUGCGCCGCUGGGCGUCCGAGGCCGGCCAGGAGCCCGAGGAGGCCAUGCGCACCUACAUGAAGAUGCUGCUGGCCGGCCUGACGGGAUCGCCCAAGCUGAUCGCCGGCACGCUGCUGGCCACGGCACAGGUGAUCCACCAGUUCAAGGAGAUCUUCCCGGCCGACCUGCUGGACCUGACGCUGGACAACGUGUGCCUGCUGAUGACUUCGUCCUCCCGAGAGCCGGCAGAGGCGUGCCUCUCGCUGGUCAAGGCGCUCGUGUUCGCCAUCGACCCGGCGGUGUUCGCGCGCUUCCUGCCCCGUCUGAUGAAGGCCAUCGCCAUGAUGACGCCCGACUGUAAACGGCACUUCCGGCAGAAGACGCGCGACCUGCUGGCCGUGUUCGUGCGCAAGUUCGGCUUUGACGUCAUCUUCGGCCUGGCACCGUCCGGAGACGCAGUACUGCAGAAGCGGCUCAAGAACAUCAAGAAGGUGGAGCAGCGUAAGAAGGCCGACCGGGAGGCGCGCCGGCAGCAGCAGGAGUCGGACGACGAGCUGGCACCCACCACCAAGAGCGUGGACGAGAUUCUGCAGGCGGCCGAGGUGUCCUCGGACGAGGACGAGGGCGGCCGCUCCGAGCAGCAGCGGCCCGCCCGCAGGAAGGCCAACAGCGCCGCCUGGAUCCGAGAGGACGCAGAGAGCAUCGUCGACCUGCUCGACCCCAAGGCCUCUCGACAGGUCACCGCGUCGCGGCCGGACCAGGGCGGUGCUGGGGCAGAGCGAAGGGAGCGGCGCCGGAAAGAGUUCGGCAUCAGCGAGGACGGCCGGCUCAUCAUCGACACGGGCGACGACGACGACGACGAGCCGAUCCGGUCCAGCGACGACGAGGAGGACGAGCCGGACCAGUUUCUGGAGGCGAUCCGUAACACGGCCGGCCAUCGGGCCAAGCGGAAGCUGGACGCCUGCAGCGCGGGCUCGGCGUCCGAGCCGGCGCCGGCGUCCAAGUACCGGGCCGGCGGCGGCGGCAUCCACCGGCCGGUGGGCGGCGCCGAGUCGGUCCGCUCGGGCCGCUCGCACUGGUCGACGGCCGGCGCGUCGGUGCGCUCGGGCCGCUCGGCCCGCUCGGCCGGCGGCGGGCCCCCGGCCAGAGUCGGCGCCGAGUAUGCCUCUAAGAAGGGACGCGGCGACGUCAAGCGGGCCGGCCGGCCCGACCCGUACGCCUACGUGCCGCUCAAGAGGAACACACUCAACAAACGGAAAAAGGCAAAGUACGAGGGGCAAUACAAGAACAUUGUCAGCGGCGCGCAGAAGGGCGCGACGAAGGGUGCCAAGGCCCGCGGACGCAGCAGGAAGCGCUGACAGUCGGAGUGUCACUAGGUCGAGGCGUUGUUGGUCGGACCUGCCGGCUGGACGGAGAUCAGUGAGCGCUGCAGUGGGGGCGCCAACUGCCGGUGGAGCGGGCCGGCAGACUGCAGAACUGUGGGUCCCAACUACCAUUGGAAGGGCGUUGCAGCCAGUCGGCGCGGCGGCGCCCUGCAUGUGCGCCGUUCUGAAGUGGUCUGCCUCGGCAGAGCUGACGGGGCUGGGAGCGGUGAGAGGCUCUGGCGCUCGGCGACAGCGCGUGCGUGUUAUGUGAUCACGUGCAGACGUGUGAAUAUCGCUCUAUCAGGAGGGGAUCUGAUGUUGCAGCGUGAAUUUGGAGGCUUAAAUAUAUGAAAUGCUCUGUUA